UGUGUGUAUGCAUGUUUGGGUCACUGGUGUGUGUGCAUCUGUGAGCGGGUGUCGCUGUGUCUGUGUCCAGGCCCUUGCCCGGCGAGCUGACUCGCUCAGAGUGACUGCACCCAGCGGGCGUGGCUCCGACCUCGAGCCGGCGCGCACGCCAACCGCGGGCAGACAGCAGGAAGAGUGCGAACAACGGGAGGAAAUCCCAGCUGCACGGGAGGUGGUGGGAAAUCAUGGGCAAGGAGACGGGUCCGGCGGAACGCGGGGUGCAGUUUGAGAGCGACGAGUUUUUAAAAUCGACCAAAUUGCUAGACGGCCGCGAGGAGGAGCAGCCCGAGGAGAGGGAACACCACAGGCGGGAUCCCGGGGGAAUCAACGCCCAUAUCAAGGUUUCAUUUGAAGACGUGAUCGCAGAACCUGUUGCGACGCAAAGUUUCGACGGAAUCUGGAUUUGCAGUCAUGCAUCGUUUGAAAUCAGCAAAUUCGUGCUGUACAAAGUGCUCACUCUGUUCCUAGCCAUCCCCCUGGCCUUCAUUAUAGGGAUUCUCUUUGCCGUAAUAAGUUACAUCCACAUUUGGUUUCUUAUGCCCAUUGUGAAGACCUUCAUGAUGAUUCUACCCUCCAUCAAGACAAUCUGGAAAAGUGCUAUGGACGCGUUUGUCUCUCCUUUGUUUGAGAGUAUGGGCCGCUGCUUGUCUGCAUUCACUAUCCGCUUCGCUCGAGAUUAAAGAAGCAAGUAAAAAGAGAGAAGAAUCGGGACUCACAAAAAAUAUUUCCAGACUUUAUGAAAUAAGUAGCAUUGUUUAUGCUUAAACUUUUCAUCCCAAAUGCACUUUCAGAAUGUAUCUGACAUCUUUUUUUAAGUAUAUACACAUUUUGCAUAAACUUCAUUUAGAAAUAGAUAUAUCUAUAAUUGAUAUUUUUUUAUUAUAAGCCAGUAUGCAUGCUGGUAAUAAUUAAGGAAGUUUACUUAAAAAUGUUGCCAUGCAAUAAUUAGAUCCUGAUUUGUAUUUCAACAAUUUCAUAUUAAUUAAUGCGUAAAGUUGUAAAAUUCUGUGGCACAGAAUGAGACCAUUUGGUCCAUCAGGUCUCUGCUACCACUUUGCUGUGCAAUCGAUCAGCCAUGUUCCUUCUUGUCUUUCCCCUUGUGUUUUCAAAAGUUCUGAUUUCUCUUUUGAAUACACUCAUUGGUCCUAUUUCCACCAAUUUGACUGACAGUGGAUUCCAUAUCAUAACUUCCUAAGUAUAAAAGAAGUCUGUCUUCAAAUUCCUUUGUAAAUUUUGCCCAAAAUUUGAAAUCUGUCCCUCGCUUCUAGAAAAAGUUUUUAACAGUAACAGCUUUUUUUUUAAAUCCUUUCUGAUUAUGAACUUUUCAUGUUGUUUGUCACCUCUGGGACUAAUCUAGAAAGGUUUAUCUGCAUUGUGUUGGGCCUUUAGAUCCUUCCUUAAACUCUAGUGCGGGUUGGAAACAAUACUCCAGUUCUGGGGCCAAACAGUUUUUAUUAUUGAUUUCUCCUUUUGCACUUGCAUGUCACCUUAUGAAUCCCAGUAUCCCACAUAUUCUACCUACACUUCUACUUUUAAGGAAUAAUGUCCUUUGACCCCCUUCCUGAGUCACUUAAUUUAUAUUCUUGCAUUUUGUUCUUUCUGGAAAAGUUGAUCACCACCUUUUUCUCUCGAAAGAAAAAUCAUGUGCUGUGUAACUGCCCAUUCAGCCAACUUCUCCGUGGCUUAAUUUGCCAUCUUCCUCACUGUUGAACAUAUUUCCAAGCUU